AAGUUGAUUUACGUGAAAUACCAGCUUCUGUGAAGAAGGGGAGGAAUCGAGAGAGGCAUAUAUUGAGGAGCUGAGCGCUCGCAGCACAGGCUUACAGACCGCCCGCCCGCCUCUGCUCACUCCAGGAACGCAGGACUUCCAGACCACAUCCGGCCACCAUGAGUUCCCUCGGUGAAGCAAUCAUCCACCUUGCAAUCGAUCUGUUCCACCAGAUCAGACAAUCAGAGAAGGAAAACAUCUUCUAUUCCCCUUUCAGUAUCUCGUCAGCCUUAGCCAUGACUUACUUAGGGGCCCGAGAAAACACCGCGUCAGAAAUGCAGAAGGUCCUUCACUUCAGUGAGAUCGCAGCCAACACGAAAGAAGGAGCCGCGAAAGACCCCGUUGAAAAGCCAGGAAGUGUUCAUCAUCACUUUCAAAAUCUUCUGAUGGAAUUAAAGAAAUCCACUGAUACCUAUGAGCUGAGGGUCGCCAACAGGCUCUAUGGAGAAAAGGACUUUCCGUUUCUCCAGGAAUACAUGGAUAAUGUUCAGAAAUACUACCUGGCCAGUGUGGAAUCUGCUGAUUUUGUCAGCGCUGCAGAGGAAAGUCGAAAGAUGAUUAACUGCUGGGUGGAGUGUGAAACCAAUGGAAGAAUCAAGAAUCUGUUUCCCCAAAACUCUCUUGAUGGCUCUGUUCUGGUUCUGGUGAAUGCUGUCUAUUUCAAAGGGCAGUGGCAAGAGGAAUUUAAGAAAGAAAAUACUGUGGAGGAAAAAUUUUGGCUGAACAAGGAUACAAGCAAACCUGUGCAGAUGAUGAAACAAACCAAUCGCUUCAAUGUCGUGUCCCUGGAGGACGUGCAAGCCAAGAUCCUGGAAAUCCCGUACAAAGGCGGAGAGCUGAGCAUGCUGGUGCUGCUGCCCAGAGAAGCGGACGGUCUGCAGGAGGUUGAAGACCAGCUCACUGCUGAGAAGCUAAUAGCGUGGACGAGCCCACAGAAUAUGGGGAAGAGACAAGUGGACUUACACCUGCCUCGGUUUAAAGUGGAAGAGAGCUACGCCCUCGUGCCCACACUGCAAGCCCUGGGGAUGGUGGACGCCUUCCGUGGUGGGGCCGCCGACUUCUCGGGCAUGACCGGGAGACGCGAUCUGGUGGUAUCAAAGGUCUUCCACAAGUGCUUCGUGGAGGUGACCGAGGAGGGCACGGAGGCCGCGGCUGCUACCGGUGUGGGUGACAGUGUUGUCACGUCACUACCGUUUCACGAGAGUUUCCGCUGUGAUCACCCUUUCCUGUUCCUCAUCAAGCACUCAAAGACCAACAGCAUCCUCUUCUGUGGCCGAGUCUCUUCCCCUUAGAUGUCCUUGGCCAGC